AUUACAUUUUUAUCAUCUGGGGAUCAUUAAAUCAACUAAAUUCUAAUUGGAUCUUGUCCAAAAAGUUCAAUUUUUAUGUGUAUAUAGGCCAUAUAUAUGGUGUAGAAGUUAAAGUGUGUGUGUCUUUGUUUUGUUUUGUUAAUUGGAAAAUUCUUGAAUUAGGGAGUCUGGGUUUUGCAAACACUGUAUCCCCUAUGUGGUUGAAUCAACAUGAUUUUGAGAAUAUUUUUCUAUUGAUUUUGAUGGUUACAAGUUCUAUUUAUUUCUUGGAAACCCAAUUAAAUUUUUUAUUUUAUUGAGGACAGAGAUGAAAUGGGUAGAGUUGCUUUAUUGAUUACCUAUAGGUAAUUGGUUUGAGGCGUGGUAACAGUCUCUUUGCUUAAAUCCAUGUUCCCUCCCAGUGGCGGAUUUAAUAUUUUCACUAAGGAGGUUCUGAAAAAAAUGUAGUGCUUGCGGUUUGAACUUGGAAGUUCAAGAUAUUAUCCAACUGAAGUUGAUGAAUGGACACUGAUUCAGGUAGAGAUUUAAUAAGUGAUUUGCCUCAAAGUAUCAUAGAAAGCAUCCUCAUAAAAGUUCCAUUACUCGAUGCUGUAAGGACAAGCAUAUUGUCAAGAAAAUGGAGAUACAAAUGGGCAACCAUUACACAACUUGUUUUUAAUGACACAUGUCUGAUUCCUUGCAAUGACAAAUCAAUUGUCAGUUGCAAUCUGGUAAAUUUCAUUACCCGUUGCCUGUUUCUUCAUGAUGGACCGAUUCACAAAUUUGAGUUGAAUACUUCCUACUCGCCAACUUCUCCUGAUUUAGAUCAAUGGCUACUUUUCCUUUCUCGUAAAGAUAUCAAAGAGUUGAUUAUUGAUAUAGGAGAAGAUGACUGGUUUAGAGCACCUUCUUGUGUGUUCUUUUGUCCUAAGUUGACUCAUUUGGUGCUUGUUCGAUGUGAAUUAAACCCACCUCCAAAUUUCAAAGGAUUCUUGUAUUUGAAGCACCUUAGUCUCCAACAAGUUAUUAUUCCUCCACAUGAUAUUGAAGUUCUGAUCUCAAGUUGCCCUCUUCUUGAGAGCUUGACAUUGUCAUAUUUUGACAGUUUGGAGCUUACUAUUCGAGCUCCAAAUCUCAAAUAUUUGAAUUUGGAAGGUGAAUUUAAGGAUAUACGCCUUGAGAAUACUCCAUGUCUGGUCGGUAUUUCAGUUGCUAUGUAUAUGACUGAUGAUAUAGCUGAGCACUUUGAACAAAGCUCAGGUUGCAAUUUUGACAAGUUUCUUGGUGGGGUUCCUUGCCUUGAGAGGCUAAUUGGCCAUAUUUACUUCACUAAGUAUUUGAGUAUAGGUAAUGAACAAGGAAGCUUUCCCGUUAUAUAUCAAAAUCUGAAGUUCAUUGAACUGUACCAAGUUAGUUUUGAAGACAUGAAAGAGUUACUUGUUGUGCUUCGCAUGAUUGUGAGCUCCCCGAAUCUAGAAGAGCUUCAAAUAUCAAGUUCCUCAAUUACAACCACCGCUGAUAUUUAUGAUCUGGAUUUUUGGGAGAAAGACUGGCCUGCUGACUGCACAUUUAGUAAACUGAAGAUUGUGCACAUGACUGAUUUCUCUGGACUGCCGCAUGAAAUUGCAUUUAUCAAAUUCUUACUUGGACAUUCCCCUGUUCUUGAACAAAUGAUUGUUGCUCCUACUAUAUAUGUCACGGAUAAAGUGGUGAAAAUGUUGAUCGAUUUGUUAACUUUUCGACGUGCUUCUCCUCUAGCUACAGUUAAAUUUGUUCAAGAGCCAUUGUAGGAUGCAGCUCAUUCAUGUAUUAGAUUUAUGUUGUUUCC